CCAUAGAAAGAGUCUGCACGAAAAAACUAACAGUCUAUAGUUGUAACUGGCCAUUGCGUAGAAAGACUGCGGUGGAGAAAUAACUCAAGCCAAUUGCAAAUUACUUCCGUAAUUAGAUGUGGAUGGAAAACACACGGGGACUUCUCUGUGACCGUGGAAGUGUAACCUUACCUUCAUCAAAAUAUGCCAAGUUCUAGUGUCUUAAUCGCCUUUCUUUUGGUUACCGUUCCACUUUGGGGAGGCAAUGCAGUUACAGAUUUUUGCAGCCAGCCCCUGGGAAUGAAGACAAGAAUUAUUGCAAAUGAUCAAAUAACAGCAUCAUCCUCCAUCCCAAACUACGAACCACGCAGAAGCUAUCAUGCUCGCCUUGACAACACAGAUUGUUGGUGUGCUGAUCAAAAUCAACCACGAAAUGGACAGUGGGUGAAAGUGGAUUUGAAGCAUACAUUUAGCAUAACAGGUAUCACCAUCCAAGGAGACCCUGCAGGUGCAUCAAGUUACAUAAAAGAGUUCACUCUCAGGUACAGUGUUGAUCUGACAAACUAUAUGUAUGUGACAACAACCACAUACAAUGAUCCAAUGAAAUUUGCAGGAGCUACUGGUCCUAACCAGAAAAUAAAUGUGAGGUUUCCUAAUCGACCCUUUUCUGCACGAUAUCUUGAAUUUAGACCUACAGACUCAAAUGGUGCUUAUUUGUGUGUAAGAUUUGAACUUUAUGGAUGCCUCUAUGUCUGUGGACAGGGCCUUGGCAUUGAGCAUGGCAGUGCGCUUCCUUCAGGUUUUGCAAUGACGUCAUCUUCCCACUCCUCUGGACAAGGAGCGGUAUCAGGUCGUUUAAACAAUCCAACAUCCGUUUGGUGUGCCUCGGGAACCACUAGCGAGUUUCUGCAAGUAGAUUUUGGGAAAAUUGUUACUGUGAGUGGAAUUGCAACUCAAGGUAGCCCUAGCUUUCCAUCUUGGGUCAAAUCUUUCUAUGUUGACUAUGGUAAAACACUCAGCUCUCUUGUCACCUACCAAGAAAAUUCUGGGAAUAAGUCCUUCAUUGGAAACUCUGAUCAGAACACGAUUGUUGUGAACUGGUUCCGUGUGCGACUGCAAACGAGAUACGUGAAAAUAAAACCAAUCACGUACAACUCGGGUUUCUGUAUGCGAAUCGAGAUUCUUGGCUGCAACUCAGAUUCCGUAUAUGAAUUCGGUGCUGAAAACAGAGCUUUGCCAGACAACAGAUUCUCGGCUUAUGCAACUACAGAUUUUCUUGGAAAUGGUAGAUACAAGGCAAAGGAUGGUCGCUUGAACAAUGACAGACCCUGGGGAUGCAGCAGAAAUGAAAGAUCGUUUCUCUGGUUCAAAGUUGAUUUAGGCCGAGUUAUGCUGGUAACUGCAAUUGCUACACAGGGUGACAGAACGUACGGCCCAAACUAUUUCCCUGACUUCAAAUUGCAGUAUACUCGGGGUUCAAGAAAUAUCACGAUCAAAGAAGAAUCUAGCUCAAGUGAGAAAGUUUUCAUUGGAAACACGAACAAUGCUGGAGUCAAGUUCAACCUUUUUGACAAGCCAGUAUCAGCAAGAUAUAUCCAAUUCAUUAAAAACAGCCCUGUAUUAUGGGAUAAUACGUUGCGUCUUGAGGUUUACGGUCGGCCAUCAAUUUGCAGUUCAAGUUUUGGCAUGGAAUCUGGAGAGCCAAGCACGAAUAACCCGACUGUGAGUGCUUCAAGUGGAAUAGUACCCGAUGAGCGAAGCAAACUAAACACUCCUAGCUCAUGGUGUGCAGCAACGUCUGAUACGAACCAGUUCUUUCAAUAUGACUUUGGCAUGGCAAAGGUGAUUAGUGGAUUUGCUAUUCAAGGAGAUCCAUUGCUCGAAAAGUGGGUUGAAACUUUCAAAGUUCAAUAUGGGAAUGACGUGUCAUCCCUGUCGACCUACCGGGAAGGGGGAAGCGAUAAGAUUUUCACUGGUUGCAAAUCACGUGAGGGUAUUGUUUAUCAUUGGUUCUCAUCCAGUUUGAAAAUACGGUAUCUAAGAAUAGUUCCGUUGACCUGGAAAACUGCGAUUUGUUUGCGGAUGAAUGCCUAUGGUUGCCCAAAUUCAGAAUGCCGGGAUACUGUUGGAAUUCAAUCUUCAAGCUCAAUUUCCGAUGCCUCGAUGACAUCAUCAACAUCUGCUAAUGGAAAUGGAGCCCACAAAGGGAGGUUUAACGUAGAAUCUGUUUGGGAAGCUUGCCAGUUCGGUUCAUGUUUCCCGAAAGAAUCAACUGGAGCCAAACCAUGGAUUCAAGCAUGUUUAACAACUGUACAGACAAUCAGUUCGAUUGUGAUUCAGGGUCAGGGCAAUGUUGAUAACUUGGCAAAAGCGACAGAAUUCUCGCUAAAGUAUUCUACCGUCGUUUCUGGUACAUUUUUCGGAUACAAGAACAGCAAUUUAUUACAGAAAUUCGCAGGUCCCGAUGGUCGUUACUCGUCAUCGCAGAUAGAUCUACCACAUACAAUAAUAGCCCGUUGUAUUCGCUUGCAAGUCGAAACUCAAUCUCCCACUAAUCAGAAUGUUGGACUGCGUUGGGAAAUGCUUGGCUGUGCCUCAGUUGGCCAAGUGUCUUCGAUCUCCAUUGUACCGUCAAGCCCGUCCAUUGCAAGAAAUGGCGAAGUAGCAUUGACAUGUACGGUAGCAGCGCAGCCUGGCAUUGAAGCAGCUUGGAAAAACGGAAGCAACACUUUGACAUCCACUGGCAUUUAUCAAGUUGGAAACGAUGCCGUAACAAAUGAAAAUAUAAAUGGAGAAACGACCAAAACUUUGAAGAUCACUGCCACACCAAACAAUGUUAUUAACUCAUUUGCAAUUUGUACUAUCACCGAUUUUGCGCAGGGGCUUGUUCAAUGUAAACACACAUUUGGAUGUUCAGCAAUGUAUCCUGGGAUAUCGAGCACUUCGAAGAGUGGCACAGUGGAAGUUACUGUAACCGGACUCUUGGCUAAACCCUCAAAACCAAGCGGCAUGGUAACAAGCUCACUUACCAAUACAACUGCAUCAGUAACAUGGAAUGCUUCAAUCUCGGAUUUUCCUACUGAAAGCUACAAUGUAGUUCUUAAGAAAAAGUCUGAUGGCUCAACACACGAAACACAGAAUAACUUGAAGACCACAACAGCAUCGUUUGCGGGCCUAAGUGCAAACACCGACUUCACAAUCGAGGUUUCUGCAAAAUCAUCACCUCACAAUAUAAAUUCAGAUACGGGAACCUUUGACUUUAAAACAGACGAAGGAGUACCUGAUGCUCCAUGGAAUGUUUCUGCAGUUGCACUUUCAUCAACGACAGUUCAAGUCUCCUGGUCUCAACCAGUCUCGCUUCGAGGAAUCCUGUAUGAAUAUAAAGUUAGAUACAAAAUCGUCUCUGCAAGUAGUUACUUAAGCACCAUCUCUGCAGGGACUAAAACAAAGCUUACAAUUUCAUCUAUGCAGCCAUCCAAAGAUUACCAAUUUCAGGUGGCAGCGACAGUAAAUGGUGGGAUAAACUUUGGGAGAUGGAGCCUUGUUGUGACAGUAAAAACACAUGAGGGAAAACCAAGCCAGCCGCAGAAUGUGAAGCUUUCUAGUAAAACAUCUUCUUCCGUUCUUGUCAACAUCACUAAGCCAUUACGAGAAAAUGGAAUCGUUAGAAAUUAUACUGUGAGGUAUUUUGGCAGAAAAUCUUACAACAGCACCUUUGAACACAACGGUUUUAUAACAGUUGUUCGGAGAUUCCAUUCAGAAUUUACUUCUAAAACGCUGAGCAACCUCGUCCCAGCUACAAAUUACACAAUCGAUGUUGCUGCAGUAACAGGAGGUGGAAGGGGUAUCUUUAGUGGAAGGGUUACCUUUGAAACAAACUACGCAGCCCCACCAAAACCAACAAUGGAAAAUCAGGGUUCAAUCAGAAGAAAAGUCACAGUGAGAAUUGGUACUGCAAGCGAUAUUAAUGGACGAAUAAGCGAAUACCGGCUGUCUUUUCUGGAAGGAAAUGCAAUUACUUGUCAACAAAGCAGUUCUGCAGAGACAAUUGUUCCUUCUAAACUGCCAUUAAAGCUUGAGUUUAUACCUGGAAUGAAAUCAGUUGCACAUAUUUUGACGGAGCUUAAAACAUUGGCAAAUUACACCAUCUGCUAUCGUGCUGCAACAACCAACAAGGAUAUAGCGUAUUACAGUCAAUUUACAAGCACGAUUAUAGAGAGAAAACAUUUAGAAAAACUGAACGUAAAUAUCUUCAAAAGCGAAGCGAAAGACAUUUCAUUCGUUAUUCCCUUGAAAAGAGGACCAGAAAAUACCAAAGAGUACCACAUUAUUGUACUGGAAACAGGAAACUCAUCAAAAGUCAAAGAUCCCCUUGACUGGAAGCCAAGUGAACUUGGACCAUAUGACUCUUCUACGCAUAUUAGCAGCACACCUUACAUAACAGGUGUCUUGUACAAUUACGUUGCGAAAUUUGAGAUUGGCAAUGGGAAAGAAUAUGAGUCAUCUGGUCGAAGGAGGAGGAAUGCCGAUCAAGUAAAGUAUAUCAAUGCACUAUUGAAGCCAAACACAGAAUAUGUUGUCUUCCAGAGAGCUUAUCUUUCAGCGGGUAUUUAUUUCUCUUCGCCGUGGGCUGGACCAUUCAAAACAAAAGAACCAUUGAAAUCAGAACCAGGCGAAACCAGAUCGAUCGAAAUUAUUGUCGGGAUAAUAGUUCCAGCAAUCGUUGUGCUCGCCUUAGCUGUUGCAGUUUGUUACAUAAGAAAGCGACGAUCCAAAAGGCCAACAAUUCAAGAAGGUGGUUUGGCAAAGGACGGUGUGCCUCUUUCAAAUUUACAUGGCCAGAUCGAGAAUCCAUCGUAUGAUCAUGAGUGUGAGAGUUUGAACAACGUAAGAGCCUCUGCUGCUAUGGAUGAGCCCAGCAUAGUUAGUAGAGGAAGUUCAGAUGAAGCUGUAAAAUUGAGAAAAUUUCCUCGUAAAGUUGUAAUCGAUCAAGAAUAUCCUCAAGUUUCUGUUCAGGACUUUGUUCGACGUGCAACAGAGUCACAAAAGCGUAACUAUCAAGGGAUUAUCAUGGAGUAUGAGAAUCUUGACAAGAAACAGCAGUUUCCUUGGGAUAUUGCUACAGAUCCAGCCAAUCAACAGAAGAAUGUGCAUGCCGAUAUAUUCCCAUAUGACCAUUCAAGAGUACACCUGAAUACUCUACCUGAAGAUCAAAAUUCCGACUAUUUUAAUGCAAGCCAUAUUUCUGUAAGUGAUCUCCACUAUCACCAGAAUUCUUUUUGCUUGAGCUAGUGCUAACUCUUUGUAGAUAUAUUGAAGGCCAGCGAAAAAAUUAUUUUCGAAUAUUUGAUUCUGUCUGUCUUGAUUAUGAUUUUGUCAGCUUUUAUGAUAUUUAUCCUUUAUUGAUUAUAAAGCUAAACAUCUUUAAAGCCUAGUAAAAGGAGUAAUACAUAAACUAGAAAUUGCUUUAGGAAUUACAGUAACUCAAACUCACGAUAAUGGUAGAGUUAAAAAAAUUCCUUAGAAAUUUCAAAGCUCCACCGUCGCACGAGCUGUCAAUUGAAAACAUUCUGCAUUUAGCAAGUUCCACUCUAAAUGCUAGCUCCUUGUUAGGUUUUUUCCCUUCAUCUAAAUAUUUAUUUGGCCAUUUAGCCAUUUACUCCAAUACAAACCUCGCAAUACAAUUCAAUACAAUGCAUAUUAUUUCAAUACAAAUUUCUAUCUUGACAAUUGAGUACUAAAUCGAAAUCUAUUGCCUUCCCUAACUUUUCAUUUCAAUCAAUCGUUUCAUUUCUUCCAUAGUCAUACCUUCAAAAAGCUUUAAGAGGUUUAAUAAGUAUAUAAACCUCUCAAAGCUUAGUUGCCACCUAACAGCGGUACUAAAGAAAUAUCAACAGAGUUAUUUCAAUAUUAUUUUGAAAUGGGCAAGAAUACCUCAGCCAGCUAAGGUAUUUCAUGACUGUAUCUAUUUAUAGGCGCGUGUAAUAUUAUUCACAAGUUGAUGAGGGACAAUCCUAACCUUUUUGAACAAUGUUUUAUUCACUUUAUUGCCCACUUAAGUGCUUGAAAAUUGUGGUGACAAAUUUUGAUAAAAUAUUUUUCAAUCAGGAUUACUCAGGAAAUCACAAAUACAUUGCUGCUCAAGGUUAGUUAAGGACACUUUUUCAAGCAA